AUGCAACUUGAAGAAACUGAAUUGGUUAAUGUGGAUACUAAAUCAAGUUCACUCAUUCCGUUUAUUCAUGUCAAUGAAUAUGAUGAAACUAUAGAUCCAUCCAAAUAUAAAAAUGAUGCAUAUGAACAUGUAAAUAAAUUAGUUCGUAAUUUUAUCAACAAUUAUAAUUUGAAUGGUGGAUUGAUUCUUAGCACGAAAGGAUUAAGACAUGGAAACAAGAAAUCUUUCGAUUUUAACCAGCUUUAUGUAAAAGAUCAUUCUUUUAAUUUUAACCAAGUACAUUUUAUACCAAAACUUUUAAUAUGUGAGAAAAAGAAUGACUCUUACUUCGCUGAAAAUCAUAUUGAUAUGACUUCUGAAAGUGAUAUACCAAUGGAAUGGUGCACAAUAAUUGAUCAUACCAAAGAUUCAGUAGUUCAUCCUUUAUUUGAUAACAAACAAAAGGAAGAAAUUUAUUUUACUAUCACAUAUCAAAGAGUUGAUUUAUUUUUUAAAAAGGAGUAUAUUAGACUAUCAGAUGAAUUUGGGAAUAUGGUGGACGAUGCUUUAAAAGAAACUGACCCACAUUCAGCUUUAAUAAAUAUAUUUUUUACCUUUGGCAAUUUCUUUGCUAAAAAAAUUACUCUUGGUCAUAAAUUAUUUAAACACAUUGAUAAAGAUUGGUAUGAAUCUAUUAAAGAAAAACAAUUUAAUGAUUAUAUCGGAGUAGAUAAACUACAAGACUUGAUUAAGGAAAUGGAUUAUGAUGGUAAAGGUUUCUUAACAGUUAAUGGCGAAAUUAUUAAUCAAGAGAAUCUUAAUAGUUGGAUUGAAUUAUGUAAAAAUGAUUCUAAUCUUCAAAUCAUAAAGCGUGGUGACUUGGUGGCAGUUUAUGAAAUCUUAGAAGAUUGUAUUCAUGAUGAAGUUAAAUCAAUUCUUGGAAUUCGCGAACAUCAAUAUUUGAAACCGAGAGAAAUCUAUCAGGAACAUUUGAAAUUACCAAAAGUUAAAUAUCAAGUAAUAAUGACUGGUUGUGAAAAGAUACAAUCAUCUGUAGUAUAUCACCGUAUUACAUUUCCAAAAAGAUUAGAAAAUAGCGAUUUUUUACUUUAUGGAAGUAUCACUAAUGAAUCGGGGGAACAAAUCGAUAAUAUGAUUAUUAAAUUUAGAUUAAUCAAUUAUUAUGGGUUUUCCGUGACUAUUGAAAAUUUUACUGGAUAUGAAAAUCCAUAUGUUCAAAAUUAUUUUGUUGCAAAAGUUGGUACUAAAAUAUUUAAUAACAAAGAUCUUGAAAGUUUAAUCAUUGAAUUACCUCAACCACUUAAAAAUGUGAAGAAUGCAAAAUUCGCCUGUACGUUUAACUAUUCAUCUGAUGAUGGUCCAUCAUUUUCAGCAUCUAUAGAAUCUGUUGAUAAAAACGGAAUCCGAUUACAUAUAAAGGACUAUAAUAAAAUUAAAUCACAUUUAACAUCAACUUUCGAUGAAUAUAUAAUGCACUGGUGUAUCUAUUUUAUUCCGCUCAAAAAAAUCACUAUUGGACAAGUUAUACCUGUGAACCAAUCUUUAGAUAAAAUUCCAAGAUUUUUAAGAACAAAAUCUUCAAAACAAGUCCCUGGCCUAAGAAACAAUGUCUAUGAAGCUAUUAGUGCAUUUAGGGCCAUACUUCCUUGGUUUGAUGCAUUAAAUAUAAUGCUCGAAAAGAUUUCGAAAGCGUAUGAAGAAGCUGAAUAUAAUCGAAAGACUUGUCGCGUCUUAACUGAUCGUGCUGAUGAUGUUUUGACUGCGCUUCACAGGGUUUUCAGAGAUAUAAAAGACUUUAUUGGUAAUAUUUCUCAACUUAAAGGGCUUUCAAAAUUUGUAUCUGCUGAAGAUAUAAGGAAAAGAUGUAUAUUUCUCAUGAAUGAAUUAGAAUCAUCUUGUCUUGAUUUAAAUUUAACAACAAUAUCGGUAGAAGACAAACGCAUUGUACAAAAAAGUUUAAUGGAAGACGUAGAUACAAUGACUGAGUUUUUUGAAACGAUUAAAGGUGGUGUUAUACAGGACGAUAUAAAAGACAUACGUUAUAAAAAAGAGGUGGUGAUACCAAGAGCACCUAGAAUGCCUAGUAAAGUUUUUGAUGAAGUUGCAGAAAUAAAAAGGAAAAUGGAAAGAAAAGAGAUUACAUUAAAUGCGCCUCAAAUUAAUCCAAGUUCGUUACAGGAGGAUGAAAGAUGGAUACAAAAAGAUGGAUGCAGAGUAUUCAAACGUUUAUUAAACGGGAAGGUAGAGGUUGCUUGCAAGCGUAUCAAAAUUCCAGAUUCCGGAUCACAAAUGUUUAAUACGCGAUUUGCCAUUUUAAAACGGUUAAAAGUAUCUGAUAAAAUAAUUAAAUUUCAUGGACUUGCUAAAUAUAGUGAUCAUUACCUUGUUGUAUUUGAUUGGGCAGAGUGUGGCAAUUUAAAAGAAGUUUACGAAAGAAAAAAAUUAGAAAAUAAUAGAUUCUUAUGGGAAGAUAAGGUCAAAAUUGGUCUUGAUAUUUGUAAUGGUCUUACAUUUUUACAAGGAUGUAAUAUUUUUCAUUAUGAUAUCCGCUGUGAAAAUAUUUUGAUUUCUGGUAAAGAUAAGAAUUAUAACGCAAAACUUGCAAAGUUCGAUCUUAGUCGACAUGCAAACCAUAUAAGCACCAAAAUUAAAAGUAUUGAUGAAUUUGGCAAAAGGGAGCAUCUUAACUUUGACAAUAAUAGUCCUAGAUGUAUUGUUGCUGGAUUUUCGAGAAUUAUUCAGACUGCAUGGACACACGAACCUGCCGAACGACCAUGCAUCAAUACUUUUAAUGCUGAACUCAAUAAAUUGAGUCUAUUACUUAAAAAUAAUGAUAUAGAUCUUGAUGAAAAGUCACAUCUGACUAUAAUAAAUAUUGAUGAGCAUGAAUAUAUAAAAUAUUUAAGAAAAUCUGCUGCUAAUGGUAACCCUACAGCUUUAUUCUAUUACGGCGUUUUAACCUUGGAUGGAAAAUACGUAGAGAAAGAUGAGAAUAUAGGAAUACAGUAUUUAGAGUUGGCUACUGCGAAAGGUCAAAAACAAGCAAUUGAUGAACUUAAAAAACGCAAUAUUGACUUUGGACAUGCAAAAUUAAUAAUUGUGUCGGAAAUCGAAGAAUCUGACGAUUCGGUUGGAGAAUUCUAG